AUGAAUGAAGAUAAUUUUGAAGAUAUAAUAUUUGAAUUAUACUUGGCUAGGCUGAAGUAAUAGAAUAAUUCUUAAAUAAAAAAGAUAUAUAGAAAGAUUGGUUCAAACCAAUAUGGGAAAAUUGACAUUUGAAGAUUUUACAGCGUCAUGA